CGAUGGCUGCGGCUGUGGCGAUCAACGCAGUGCCAAAGAUACCGGUCUUUUGGCACGCCGAAAGCCAAGGCGUCGUUCGUCAUCGCCCCGAGCGUCGGCUGAUAGCUACCGCCUACAGGGACAUGCUCGCAAUUAACAAUUCGACCACCACUUCCUCCUCCCACAUCCACACCACGCUUCCUACGAGACGCACCUCCCAUACUCCGAGGCGGCGCGUCGCACCCACGCACCAUGGGGAACAGCAGCAGUAAACCCAGAGGCCAGGUCACUGAGCAGGACAAGGCCAUCCUCGACCUCAAGCUCCAGCGCGACCGCCUGCACCGCUACCAGCGCCAGAUCACCGUGCUCACCGACAAGGAGACCGAUGUCGCCCGCCAGAUGCUCGCCAAGGGCGACAAGCGCCGCGCCCUGCUCGCGCUGCGGCGCAAAAAGUACCAGGAGACGCUGCUGUCGCAGACGGACGCCCAGCUCGCCCAGCUCGAGCAGCUGACGUCCAAGGUCGAGUUUGCUCAGAUCCAGAAGGACGUCGUCUUUGGCCUGCAGCAGGGCACAAAGGUCCUGACUCAGAUCCACGCCGAGAUGGGCGGCAUCGAGCAGGUCGAGAAGCUCAUGGGCGAGACGGCCGACGCCAUCGCCUACCAGCAGGAGAUCAGCGACAUGCUCGGCGGCAAGCUCACGGCCCAGGACGAUGAGGAGGUCGACGAGGAGCUCGAGGCCCUAGAGAGGGAGAUGGCCGGUGGUGACAAGACGGUCGACGAGCUACCGAGUGUGCCGGACGCGAAUCUCCCCGAACGCGAGCGCGAGCAGCAGGCGGCACGCGAGGCCCAGGCGCAAGCACAGAAGCAGGAGCAGCCCUUGGCGGCGUGAGAUACCCCUUGUGGAGUUUUUGUUUUUGGAUGGAGAUAUAGCAUCAUGGACUUGUAUACAGGGCGUCUUGUCUAUUUACCAUACUUCCGAAUGAGCUUCUGCAUGAUGGACAUGGCG